AUGAAUUCCAUCCCGAUUGAUCUCGUUCUCGAAAUAUUCUCGAGAUUGCCUCCAAAUUCAAUAGCAAGGUGUUGUUGCGUGUCGAAGCAAUGGCGGUACAUGCUUCAGUCUCAAGAUUUCACCAAGCUUUUUCUGACCAGGUCUUCGGCACGUCCACGUCUCUUAUUCGUCAUGAUAGGUUUCAGAGACGGUAAACUAGGUGGUAUUGAUUGGAAGAAUAAUAAUGGCAACUAUGCAACUGAGAAUGGUGCCAUUGAGUUGUAUGUUCUAGAGGAUGUUGAGAAGCAGGAAUGGUCAAAAUAUGUCUACAUUUUGCCGGAGAAUGAAAUCGUUGAAUGGAAACGGGAACCUAUAUCUAUUGUUGGCGUGACUGCUAUGGGUGAAAUUGUGUUGUCGUCAUAUUCCUUUAGAUAUAAGCCGUUUUAUGUUUUCUACUUCAAUCCUGAAAAGAACACAUUCAAAAGUGUUGAAAUCCAAGGUUUUGGAGAAUACUAUGAAGAGGGUGGGUGGGACGCUUACAACAAUAAGUUUUUCGCCUUUGUGGACUAUGUAGAGGAUCUUACGUUUGAUGUUAAGAAGAUGUUAUAUGCUGCAACAUCAUCUAAAGCUCACUUGCGACAAGAUCGUCAUACAAGUGAGAGCAUUAACAAUUUUGAUGCUCUUUGUCUUAUAGAUGAUGAUAAUUGUAUCAAAAGCUAUUUUAAUUACUUUACUUACUUUGCAGGUAAACUAAAAGCUCUAUUUAAAUACAUAUGGUAUUCUCGAUCGAGAGAAGAACUCAUAUUGUAUGAGAACCGUGGCUGA